UGUGCACGUGGUUGGUUAUAGUGUAAACUUGCCUUUUCUACUUGUGUGGGACGACAUCAAUUCUUUCCUCUAACCCGCCACUGAUCGUCUUCCUCCACAGGCUAUCUCUUCGCGAUCGGGAUAGAAAUGGGGGAAGAGGAACAAGGACAUGCCGGGGGAAUGAGGAGAAGAGGAUGUUCCAUUUCAAAGGAUGAUUUCCUGCCAGAGGAAUCAUUCAAGAGUUGGGGAAAUUAUGUAAAUGCAUUGAGUAAUACACCAGGUCGACUUUUGGAUCGAGUCGUAACACGUUCAGAUGAACAGGAUGAGUUGGAUGUCAAGGCAAGAAGUGUUAACCAAAUGAAAAGGAGCCUGAAUUGGUGGGAUCUCAUGUGGUUUGGGUUAGGUGCACUUGUUGGUGCUGGAAUAUUUGUUCUUACUGGUCUUGAAGCUCGAACUGAUGCUGGUCCAGCAGUUGUCCUAUCUUAUGUUGUUUCUGGGAUCUCAGCUAUGCUAGCCGUAUUUUGCUACACUGAAUUUGCUGUGGAGAUUCCAGUGGCAGGUGGUUCAUUUGCUUACUUGAGGGUAGAGCUGGGUGACUUUGUAGCAUUUAUAGCAGCUGGUAACAUUCUUCUUGAAUAUGUGAUUGGCUCAGCCGCAAUGGCUCGUUCUUGGACUUCCUAUUUUGCUACUCUUUGUGGCCACCAACCUGAUGAUUUUCGUAUCAUUGUCAAUAGUCUAGCAGAAGGCUACAAUCACAUUGAUCCAAUAGCCGUUGGUAUUUGCCUUAUAGUUUCCAUCAUUGCUUGUAAUAGCACCAAAGCUUCUUCUAGGAUCAACUAUAUUGCAUCAGUUAUUCAUGUUCUAAUCCUCCUUUUCAUCAUCAUUGCUGGCUUAAUCCAUGCCGAUAAAAAGAACUUCACCCCUUUUAUGCCAUUUGGUCCUCGUGGUGUAUUUAAAGCAUCAGCUGUGUUAUUCUUUGCUUAUACUGGUUUUGAUGCUGUUUCAACUAUGGCUGAGGAAACCAAGAAUCCAGGUAGGGACAUUCCUAUUGGCCUAGUAGGUUCUGUUUUAUUAACUACGGUAUUAUAUUGUGCACUGGCUUCUGUUCUUUGUCUUAUGCAAUCGUAUAAGAAUAUCGAUAUUAAUGCCCCGUUCUCAGUUGCAUUUGAGGCUGUUGGUUUAGGUUGGGGAAAGUAUGUGGUUGCUGCAGGGGCUCUAAAAGGGAUGACCUCUGUUUUGUUGGUAAAUUGUGUUGGACAAGCUCGUUAUUUGACACAUAUCUCUAGAACUCAUAUGAUGCCCCCUUGGUUUUCGUAUGUUAAUGCUAAAUCUGGAACACCAGUCAAUGCCACUAUAUUCAUGAUGACAUCUAGUGCAAUUCUUGCAUUAUUUACAAGUCUUGAUAUUCUUUCAAGUCUUUUGUCCAUCUCUACACUCUUUAUCUUUAUUCUCGUGGCCCUUGCUCUUCUUGUUCGACGUUACUAUGUGAGUAAUGUUACCACUCCACAGAAUCGAAACAAGCUUCUUUUGUUACUAGCACUCAUUGUGGCAUCAUCAAUUGGCAUUGCUAUUAAUUGGGGUGUUACAGAUGAUUGGAAAGGAUAUUGUAUCACAUUGCCAAUAUGGUUUUUAGCAACUGCUGGGAUAACAAUUUUGGUGCCAAAAGCAAGGAGCCCAAAAGUUUGGGGGGUACCUAUGGUACCAUGGAUACCAUCUGCAUCCAUUGCCAUAAAUUUUUUCCUUCUAGCUUCCAUGGAUAAGGAUUCUUUUAUAAGGUUUGCUAUUUGGACUGUCCUCAUUUUGAUAUACUAUGUGUUCUUGGGCUUGCAUGCCUCUUAUGACACUGCCAAGGAGAUUCAGAAGAAUACUGAAUGGGACAAGGUUGAAGGAGUAAAUACAAAUUAUGAAUUUGAUGGUGGUGCCAAUAGUAAAAAUGAGCCACUAGCUUCAAAUAAAUAAAUAAUUUCAUAAUUUUUGUUGUUUAAUUACUAGCCUACAUGUUUGAAUUUGAAAUAGGUCUGAAAUGUUUUCUAUAGCUUAUCACUCAAAAGUUGAAUUUUGUACAUAUUUUACUAUAAUGAGAUCAAUUUAGAGGAACU